CCCGUCCCCUCGAGAGGACGCAGCUCUGCUAGCCUGUCGCCGGCUCGCGCUCUCCGCGCUCCCGCUGCCUCGCCCCGCGCCCCGCCGCCUCGUCGCUCACCGCUCCGCCUGCCAGCCCUCGGGACCUCGCGGCCAGAGCCCAGGCCCCCCUCCCUCGCCAGGGCCCGGGCAGCAGCGGGUCGGGGGCGGGUCCUGGCACCCACCAUGCGGGGUGAGCUCUGGCUUCUUGUGCUGGUGCUCAGGGAGACUGCCAGGGCGCUGAGCCCCCAGCCGGGAGCAGGUCAGGAUGCAGACCCAGACUCUGGAUGGGCCGCCAAGGGGACCACGGCUGUCUGGAAUCACAGAGCCCAUGAGAGCCCUGGGCAGGUGUUGGAGCCCAACAGGACCCAGCUGAGCCAGGACCUGGGUGGGGGCACCUUGGCCAUUGACACACUGCAGGAUAACGGGACCAGAGUGGUGGAGGACAACCACAACUACUAUGUGUCCCGCCUGUACGGCCCCAGCGAGCCUCGCAGCCAGGAGCUGUGGGUGGAUGUGGCCGAGGCCAACCGGAGCCAAGUGAAGGUCCACAGAAUUCUCUCCAACACCCACCGGCAGGCUUCGAGAGUGGUCUUGUCCUUUGAUUUCCCUUUCUACGGACAUCCUCUGCGGCAGAUCACCAUAGCAACUGGAGGCUUCAUCUUUACGGGUGACAUAAUCCACCGGAUGCUCACAGCUACCCAGUACGUGGCCCCUCUGAUGGCCAACUUCAACCCUGGCUACUCCAACAAUUCCACAGUUGCUUACUUCGACAAUGGGACAGUCUUUGUUGUUCAGUGGGACCAUGUCUACCUCCAAGGCCGGGAGGACAGGGGGAGCUUCACCUUCCAAGCAGCUCUGCACAGUGACGGCCGCAUUGUGUUCGGCUACAAAGAGAUCCCUAUGUCAGUCCUGGAAAUCAGCUCCUCCCAGCACCCUGUCAAAGCAGGCCUGUCAGAUGCCUUCAUGGUGCUCAACCCAUCCCCGGACCUACCAGAAUCUCGGCGAAGGACCAUCUUUGAAUACCACCGUGUGGAGCUGGAUCCCAGCAAGGUCGCCAGCACCUCGGCUGUGGAGUUCACCCCAUUGCCAACCUGCCUACAGUAUCAGAGCUGUGACACCUGCAUGUCCUCGGACCUGACCUUCAGCUGCAGCUGGUGCCAUGUCCUCCAGAGAUGCUCCAGUGGCUUCGACCGCUACCGCCAGGAGUGGCUGGCCUACGGCUGUGCCGAGGCAGAGGGCAGGACGUGUGAGGACUUCCAGGAUGAGCACCACUACUCAUCCUCCCCUGACAGCUCCUUCAGCCCCUUUGAUGGAGACCUCACCACCACCUCCUCGUCCUUCACUGACAGCCUCCCAACAGAAGACGACACCAAGUUGAAUCCCUAUGCGGGCGAAGAUGGCCUCCAGAACAACCUGUCCCCCAAGACAAAGGCCCCCCCCGUGCACCUGGGCACCAUCGUGGGCAUCGUACUGGCAGUCUUCCUUGUGGCAGCCAUCAUCCUGGCCGGGAUUUACAUCAACAGCCACCCCACCUCCAAUGCUGCGCUCUUCUUCAUUGAGCGGAGACCUCACCGUUGGCCGGCCAUGAAGUUCCACAACCACCCCAGCCACUCCACCUACAGGGAGGUGGAGCCCUCAGGCCACGAGAAGGAGGGCUUUGUGGAGGCCGGGCAGUGCUGAGAGCCCCGUGGAUCCCCUCAGAAGUGUAGGAAGAAGACCUGGCGACCCCACCGAAGACCAGGCACUACAAAGGGGAGAAGUGGCUUUUCUUGUUUCAUCUGAGCACAUCGGGCCAGGAAGGUGAGGCCACCGUGUGCCAUACCAGAGCUGCAGUUUGCCCAUCGCACCCCAGAGACUGAGGCAAGAGCGGGACUCACUGAGUCUUUAAGGAUCAACAGACUAAUUUCAUUCAGUUCUGAUGCACGGGCCUUCCCUCCGGGUCUGUCAGUGGUCUAGCCUGUAGCUGCCCCAGAGGCCCACCCCCCCAGUCCCCUGAUGCCCCUGCAUAUGACACAGGAGAACUAAGCCCUGGACUGGGCCCGCCACAUUCCCAGGUCCAUAACUCCAGAGCUGGUCCUCACGGCUAUGGACCAUGCAUAUUUAGCCCCAGCAUCCGUGGAGACUGGAGAGGUUCUCUCUGGGACAGCUGCUCCCAGCCCUCUUGGCAAGCUGCUGAAUGACACACCGUUAGCAGAGGAAAGCCAGAUGAGAGAAGAGCGAAGAACCUGUGGGAAAAAUUGCAUCUUUAGGCUUUGCUCCCUCAACUUACCCUUUCUGCUGACAGCCAGGACUUCUGCAUCAAACGUGUGCAUCCUGUCUCUGGCUUUACCCCAGCCACGCCCAGCCUUGGCCUGGCAGCUGUGCUGUGCGCGGCCACAUCUACAGUGUGGGACUCUUACCCAGAGGGUACCUUUAGUGUCCAUCCCCUUCACUGGCCUGUUCUUCUGCCAGUGCCAGUCAGUACCUCCGAAGGCAGGGCCUGCCUGAGUAAUAUUUUUGCUCCUCCGGGCUGGAUUUUUAUAGUCAUUAAAGAGAAGCAGAGUAGCCAGAGCAUUUCAUGAGACGAACCCAGCAGAGAACUCCAGCUGAGUCCUGUUGAGAAGCACAGCCACCUUACGGUUGGGACAGAGCAAGCUGGUGGGACUUCCUAGGCAAAGCUUUGCCCUGGAAAGCUGCUUCUACCUCCCCAGCUCAGCCAGAAUUUUUUGGGGCAGAGAGUUUAGGCUUCCAAACAUAAUGUGGUUUUAAGGGAAUUCUGCGGGGGAUGAAUGGGGGCUGCUUCUGAAGAGCAUUUAAAAUUAAAAUCUAUAACUCAACCCCAUUCAAAGCUGAGUAUAUCAGCAGCAAAUAAAUGUUAAAUCACAGUC